CCUCCUCUCGCUAGACUUUUCUCCGAGUUCUCCGAACUCAGGCUGCAGUGCCGGCCUUCCGGGUUUGAGGUACCCGGGACCGGGCUGUGAUCCCCGCCCCAGUCUCAACUGUUCACUCCCCUGCCCGCCGCCCGGGCUCCAGUCCGGACCCUGAUCCUCCUGGGACUGUGUCGCUGCCCCUGUCGCCUCUGUCCGCCACCGCCUGAGCCCUGAUGGGGGAGUGAGAGGCCACAGCUGGCCGGACAUGGGCCUCCCCACCGUGCCUGGCCUGCUGCUGCCACUGGUGCUCUGGGCUCUGUUGGUGGAUGUGUAUCCUGAAGGGGUUCAUGGGCUGGUCCCUAACCCCGGGGACCGGGAGAAGAGAGAGAGUGCGUGUCCCCAGGGAAAAUAUAGCCACCCUCAGAAUAAUUCCAUUUGCUGCACAAAGUGCCACAAAGGCACCUAUCUGUACAAUGACUGUCCGGGCCUGGGGCUGGACACAGACUGCAGGCUGUGUGCCCGCGGCACAUUUACUGCUUCAGAGAACCACCUCAGACAAUGCCUGAGCUGCUCCAAGUGCCGGAAAGAAAUGUCCCAGGUGGAGAUUUCUCCUUGCGCAGUGGACCGGGAUACCGUGUGUGGCUGCAGGAAGAACCAGUACCGGAAAUACUGGGGUGAAACUCUGUUCCGGUGCCUGAACUGCAGCCUCUGCCCCAACGGCACCGUGCACCACCCCUGCAAGGAGAGACAGGACACCAUCUGCCACUGCCACGUGGGGUUCUUUCUGAGAGAUGCCGACUGCAUCUCCUGUGCUGACUGUAAGAACACGGAGUGCGAGAAGUUAUGUCCAGCCCCACCUAUAGCUAGUAGCAAAUCUCAGGACCCAGGCACGACACUGCUAUUGGCCCUGGUGAUCGUCUUUGGUCUUUGCCUGGCAUCCUUCCCCCUCAUUGUUUUAGCAUGCCGCUACCAGCGGUGGAAGCCCAAGCUCUACUCCAUCAUUUGCGGGCAGUCGACUCCUGUAAAGGAGGGGGAGCCAGAGCCCCUGGCGCCGGUCCCGAGCUUCAGUGCCACCAACUUCAGUCUCACCCCCGGCUUCAGUCCCAUCCCAAGCUUCAGUCCUGCCUCCAGCCCUGCCUUCACCCCCUGUGACCCGUCCAACCUCAGACACGCAUCACACGCCAGAGAGAUGGCCCCGCCCCACCAAGGGGCUGGUCUCAUCCUCCCUGCGCUUCCAGCCUCCACCCCCGUCCCCAGCCCUGUGCAGGAGUGGGAGGCCAGCGCCCAUAUCGCCCCAGCACCCCCAGCGCCCCCAGCGCUCGCAGACGCCGACCCUGCGACACUGUACGCCGUGGUGGACGGCGUGCCCCCGCUGCGCUGGAAGGAGUUCGUGCGGCGGCUGGGGCUGAGUGAUUACGAGAUCGAGCGGCUGGAGAUGCAGAACGGGCGCUGCCUGCGCGAGGCGCAUUACAGCAUGCUGGCGGCCUGGCGGCGGCGCACCCCGCGGCGCGAGGCCACGCUGGAGCUGCUGGGACGCGUGCUCCGCGACAUGGACCUGCUCGGCUGCCUGGAGGACAUCGAGGAGGCGCUAGGCGGCCCCGCCCCCCUCGCGCCCGAGGCCCGCUUUCCCAGAUGAGGCCCCUCCCCGCCGCCUGCGGGCCGCUCUCUGGACGGCUGUUUCCUGCCCGGGGCAGCCCGGAAGGACCUGCGAGAUGCCCUCUGGACCCCCUUUUUUCUGGAGAGGAAGGGUCUUGGAGGAGCAGGCAUGAUCUGGCAGACACUUUCCUGGUGCUACUCCCUCAGUGUACAUAGCUUUUCUCAGCUGCCUGAGCACUGCCGGCGGGUCAGCUGUGUGUGUGUGUGUGUGUGUGUGUCUGUGUCUGUGUGAUGUGGAGUGUGUGUACUCGUGAGAGAGGCUGAGUGUGCCAGGAGCCCAGGGCAGUGGUUGCAGGGAUGAGAGGCACCAUGCCUCAUGCCCACUUCGGACUUAGAGAAGCCAGCAAGGCUGCUUGGGGGCCCCUGGUUGGUCCCUGAGCCUGUUUCCCAGUAGAUAAGCACUCUUUGUAUCCAUUAUGUACACUAAUAGAACCUUUGUCCCCCUGCCUGGACAAGCACAGAGUAAGCUGAGCUGUCCCAAGGCAGGGGAGGCACAGAACAAAGGGGCCUCCCGCUGAAGCUGUGGACUUUUGUAAAUACACUAAAACCCUGGAAUUAAAGCCCAGCUCCUGGA